GGAAGUACUUAGUUACUCUUGUCUGACUGCUUCGCAGCGGUAACAACUUAACUAUUCGCAGCAUAAACACAAUUUAAUGGAUUUAUAAAUGAAAACAACAUUUACUUCUGCCAUUUUGACGAGAGAAUAUGUUGCGCGUGCAAAGAGUGCUGCUUAACUCCCGACCUGGUAUGUGUAUACUUCUCCGCUGUAUGAGACAUUUUAGAUUGUCAUACAGCGGUCAUUGUAGCCUAGCAAGUGCAUGAAUGGAGAUAGUUGUUAGCUUACUUUUUGAAACGACUGGUCAAUGAUAAUGCGGCGUUCCCGCCUUAGUCGGAACUAGGAAACCCGGAAAUGUUUGAUUUGCUAACUGGUGGUAGUUAUAUACUUGUCAUGGUCAAGCACUUAGCAAGGCGAAUAAUGUCCUUGUUUGUUCCGACUAGCACGUGAAUGCGGCAUAACUUAGUCAAAAGUUCCUGACAGCAACUCCUGUACGGGUGGGAUUGCAAAUAAACGCGUACAAAACAAAUCGGUUUCCAAAUGUACAUCUUUGGUUGGGUCCGUUGUCCAUUUUAUUAGCUGCCAAGAUAAAAACAUUGCAAGAAUUACAUACAGGUAGAUGUAAUUAGCAUAGGCGCUAGUCCAAACGCCGGCAGAUGGCGACAUUGAGUCAUCGAACUGACUCAAUAUCGCCUAAGAUUUUUUAUAACUAACCCAAGAUAGUCAGAGCCUAUCGUUUCCAAUGGGAGCAAAUUAAUCAUAGUGGGCAGAACAAGCAAGGAAGUGGGCAGAGCUAAGUACGAGAUAGUGAGAUCCUAUUGACGCGUUGUAUUAGCAUAUUUCCGUUAAGGAACACCUACUCUGUGAAGCGCUUGUGUGCAAUAACUCAAUUCGCCCUUGCAAGCCUUCUGAACAACGCAAUUUUUAGAAACUUUGGCAAAGGGUAAAUUCUACAAAACGCAGUCCACUUUGUUUGUUAUAGAUUCUAGGUUUGGAAACAGAAAACUGUAUGGAGAUCAAAUGUUUCAUAAAAGAGAAAAUGUGCAGAAUGUUGGCUAAAAUCCAUCUUGCUCCAUCUUCUCCCACUGCCAGCCACUGGGGUGCCUCUCAUCACCAUAUUUGGUAGUGAGUGGAAACACCAACCGGAUGCUUCACAUUUAUACAUCUGGUGAAAUAUCUGGCUCGUUGUUUAUUUUUUAUUUUAUUUUUUAAAACCUUUAUUUAACUAGGCAAGUCAGUUAAGAACAAAUUCUUAUUUAAAAUGACGGCCUACACCGGCCAAACCCGGACGACGCUGGACCAAAUGUGCGCCACCCUAAGGGACUCACAAUCACGGCCGGUUGUGAUACAGCCUGGAAUCGAACCAGGGGGUCUGUAGUGACGCCUCAAGCACUGAGAUGCAGUGUCUUAGACCACUGUGCCACUUGUUCUAUCUAUGAUAUCGACAUCUGACGACUCAUUAUCGCCAUCUGCCUGCCUUUUGGCUACGUAGGCGUAAAGUUCCAAUGUGAGGUGAGCACGGUAAGCACUGUCAAAUAGAAUAUAUAAUAGGGCCGGAGGGGAUGGCCGUCAUUUUACGGGGCUCCUGACCAAUUGUGCUAUUUUGUGUGUUUCUUUUGUGCUGAUCCAAACUUACUAUUUGUUAAUUUUAUUUUUAACUGCAUUGUUGGGAAAGGGCUUUUUUUAAGCAUUUCACGGUAAAGGCUACACUUGUAUUCGGUGCAUGUGACAAAUACAAUUUGAUUUGAUUUUAAUAUACAUGUUUAACCUCUAAAAGUCUAAGGGGUGGGGGCUUUACAACUAUAGCCGUGGGGGUUUACUACUAUAGCUCAUAGAAAUGCAUUGAAUAACACAUUCAUAAAUGGCAAAAAUACAGGUUAAUAAUAAAUAAGGAAUAAGGCUUUGAAGUGUCUGUCUAGGAGAUAUAAGAAAGCUCAGGAAAUAUUUUAGUUUUUGGGGAUAUAUUUAACCCCUUAUUUUUGUUGGCACAAAACUACCUCCAUACUUCCAUUCGUUUGUAUGGUUACCUUCAGACGAGUCCCGUGACACUUGUGGGGGUCGUAGAGCAAAACGGAGAACACCAUAGUGUUCGUGAGAGCCUUCCAUAGAGUGGUCAUAAUAGUUUUUAGGCCAAACUGCUCGGACGCUACAGACGUCUUCAUGAGAAGACUGAUUUUCGGGAUGUCUCAUGGUCUGACAAACACCGCUGUAGCUCGGCCACCUUCCACCGCAGAUGCAUAUGGGCGGAUGUGCUGAAUUAAGACGCAGCCCAUUCUGUCAGAUUUUGAUGGGGAUUUUUUUUAUUAUGUUACUUAGAUUGAUGUACUGGUGCGCCCAUAGACUUUUAAGGAAUAAAGGGUUUAAAAACUCUCCAUAACUCUCCAUACUUCCGGGGUCACCUGCAUGCCCAGAAAUACUUUAAGAAAAUUAGGAGAUGGUAAAUUUAGAUUCGUAUUAAUGCCCAUUGUGUACGUUGCCCGUGCAUUUCCAAUGGGCCGCGCAAUGCAUUCGGGGACAUUCUGGGACAAGGAGUGCACUGGUCAUGUCUAGAAGGGAUGCCGCUAAUGUCAGUGACAUCAACAUUUGCAUAAUCGAGUCUCGUCUAGAAGUUUAGCACUUUAGCGAACCUUAACCCUUCUCCUAACCUGCUAUGAAAAGUCACUUCUGACUAGGGGUUAGAACCUAAAUUAUUUUCCAAUCACUCCGUUCCGAGCAGAACCCCUAUUUUCUUUUGUUUCGUUCUGGUAUUCCGACCAGAAAAGUUCUGAACCGGUUCGAAACAAAAAAACCAACGGUUUAUAUAGUUCCUUUUCGUUCAUUUUUUUAAACCUGUGAAAUCAUACAUUUAGCUCAUUUAUUAACUCCCCCAAUUAGCGCAGAUAGAGCAGCUUGCUGUGGAACGGGUAAGAUGGUUGUUUACAUGUUUGAUUGGUCAACUAAGUAAAGGCACAAAAUGCAACUGAAAUUUCACUGGUGGGGAGAGCGAGAGAUGUGGUUGGACAUGGGGGCUUGGCUUGAAGCGCUGAACAUCAUGACAUGACGUGAAUUGGAAUGUGUUUAAACUAUUACUAGCCAUUAUAACUUCACCGAAUUACAGAAUCAUAUAUAGGCUACUAGACAUUAGGAAUAUUUUUUGAACUAAAAACAACAUUAACUGGUUCUCAAGAUUUUAAAAUAACGGUUCUGUUCUGGAACACUAGAGAUCACUUUCCGUUCCUCGAAUUUUUUUGUUAUUUUUCAGUUUUUGGUUCGUUCCCUAAACUGGUUCCAACCCAUGCUUCUGACAUUAGUGGCAUCCCAUCUAGUCAAAACCAAGUGCACUCCUUCAAGGAGUGAAUGGCAGUAAAUUGGGCACUAGCUCAAAACCCCAAAAUUAGCAUGAAUUCCUUGAAGAAGAAGCACAAUGGUACAAAUAUUUUCAGAGAUAUGUAACUUGUUCUUUGUAACAUCAUAUCGUUUUGAAAUUGUGACAUUACGUACUUUCAAGGAAAAUAGCAGUUUCUCGACUCAUGCCGCGUUCAAGACAACUCGGAACUCAGACAUUUUCGACUGGGAAACUCGUAGAAAGAUGAUCUCCGAGUUUUCCGCUUGGAAAAUAUCAGAAUCAACCAAUGGGCAGCUCUACGCAACAAAACAUAUGCACAUUUUAACUCUGAGGUUCCGAGUUGUCUUAAAAGCACCACCAUACCCUGACUUUCUAUAAGGGAUUUCGUGAUGAUUAGCUUGAUAACCGUGUGACGCACCAACGUGAACACGAUUGGUCGACAGUAUGCUGGGAGGGUCGUUUUACAUUCCUCCAUUCAUUAACCAAUGAGUUUACUAUCUCCUAAUUUCUUAAAAUAUUUCUGGCGUACCUAUGCUUCAUCCAUGUGAUCCAUGACCCAACAUAUAGUGCCCUUUAGUGUACUAAUUAAGUUGAAUGUUCAGAGACAAACUAUAGACUACACAAUAACCACAUAAGUAGGCUAAAAUGGCUCUUCUAUGUUUUUGUUUUACAGGGACUAAUGGAGAGCCAGUCCCUGGUCAUUUCCGCAUGGAAGAGACGACUGUACAACCUGAUUUGAAAGAAGGACAAGUCCUUGUCCGGACCCUCUUCCUGUCUGUUGACCCUUACAUGGUGAUGCAUGGCUGGAAAAAAAGGCUGAGAAAUUAGUCUGCACUUUGCUGAUUAGAUCAAAUGUGUAUGAAAUAAACAAAAUGGGACCAUUAGUGACCUAUGAUAAGUUUCCGAUAAUAUAGGCUAUGUAAAGAUGUGUCCAAUAAGUGGGCAUGGCUAACACCUGCAUACAAACAGAAAUGUUAGUUUCAUAAGUGCUCAAUAAGUUAUGGUAAGGUACCUUAACCCUAUCCAAAUACACUGUUCAGAGGUGACAUAAUGACAUUCCAUGCUUCAUCAUCAUCUCUCGUAGCGAUGUCGCAUGAACGACGACACAGGUGCUGAGUACCUGGCUCCAUGGGGGCUGUCGGAGUGUGUGGACGGUGGAGGCGUCGGGGUGGUGGAGUCCAGCCGCUACGAUGCCCUCUCUGUGGGUGACAUGGUCACCUCGUUCAACUGGCACUGGCAGACACAUGGUGUGAUGGAUGGAAAGCUCUUACAGAAGGUAGGCCUACUUUAUCCUAUAUCCACCAGUCUAUAUCUAUCCUACAGUAUAGCAGUCUAGUGCCUUUUUCAUACUACUGAGACGAGUAGAUCCACCAUAGUUGCUGGAAUCGUGCCUAUUUAAAAUAUAGGAAGGAGCCUGCACAGUACAGUGUAUAGCUACAGUGGGGGAAAAAAGUAUUUAGUCAGCCACCAAUUGUGCAAGUUCUCCCACUUAAAAAGAUGAGAGAGGCCUGUAAUUUUCAUCAUAGGUACACGUCAACUAUGACAGACAAAAUGAGAAUGUUUUUCUCCAGAAAAUCACAUUGUAGGAUUUUUAAUGAAUUUAUUUGCAAAUUAUUGUGGAAAAUAAGUAUUUGGUCAAUAACAAAAGUUUCUCAAUACUUUGUUGUAUACCCUUUGUUGGCAAUGACACAGGUCAAACGUUUUCUGUAAGUCUUCACAAGGUUUUCACACACUGUUGCUGGUAUUUUGGCCCAUUCCUCCAUGCAGAUCUCCUCUAGAGCAGUGAUGUUUUGGGGCUGUCGCUGGGCAACACAGACUUUCAACUCCCUCCAAAGAUUUUCUAUGGGGUUGAGAUCUGGAGACUGGCUAGGCCACUCCAGGACCUUGAAAUGCUUCUUACGAAGCCACUCCUUCGUUGCCCGGGCGGUGUGUUUGGGAUCAUUGUCAUGCUGAAAGACCCAGCCACGUUUUAUCUUCAAUGCCCUUGCUGAUGGAAGGAGGUUUUCACUCAAAAUCUCAUGAUACAUGGCCCCAUUCAUUCUUUCCUUUACACAGAUCAGUCGUCCUGGUCCCUUUGCAGAAAAACAGCCCCAAAGCAUGAUGUUUCCACCCCCAUGCUUCACAGUAGGUAUGGUGUUCUUUGGAUGCAACUCAGCAUUCUUUGUCCUCCAAACACGACGAGUUGAGUUUUUACCAAAAAGUUCUAUUUUGGUUUCAUCUGACCAUAUGACAUUCUCCCAAUCCUCUUCUGGAUCCUCCAAAUGCACUCUAGCAAACUUCAGACGGGCCUGGACAUGUACUGGCUUAAGCAGGGGGACACGUCUGGCACUGCAGGAUUUGAGUCCCUGGCGGCGUAGUGUGUUACUGAUGGUAGGCUUUGUUACUUUGGUCCCAGCUCUCUGCAGGUCAUUCACUAGGUCCCCCCGUGUGGUUCUGGGAUUUUUGCUCACCGUUCUUGUGAUCAUUUUGACCCCACGGGGUGAGAUCUUGCAUGGAGCCCCAGAUCGAGGGAGAUUAUCAGUGGUCUUGUAUGUCUUCCAUUUCCUAAUAAUUGCUCGCACAGUUGAUUUCUUCAAACCAAGCUGCUUACCUAUUGCAGAUCUUCCCAGCCUGGUGCAGGUCUACAAUUUUGUUUCUGGUGUCCUUUGACAGCUCUUUGGUCUUGGCCAUAGUGGAGUUUGGAGUGUGACUGUUUGAGGUUGUGGACAGGUGUCUUUUAUACUGAUAACAAGUUCAAACAGGUGCCAUUAAUACAGGUAACGAGUGGAGGACAGAGGAGCCUCUUAAAGAAGAAGUUACAGGUCUGUGAGAGCCAGAAAUCUUGCUUGUUUGUAGGUGACCAAAUACUUAUUUUCCACCAUAAUUUGCAAAUAAAUCCAUUAAAAAUCCUACAAUGUGAUUUUCUGGAUUUUUUUCUCCUCAAUUUGUCUGUCAUAGUUGACGUGUACCUAUGAUGAAAAUUACAGGCCUCUCUCAUCUUUUUAAGUGGGAGAACUUGCACAAUUGGUGGCUGACUAAAUACUUUUUUCCCCCACUGUAUGUACUUAAAGACAGUUUUUUCUAAACUUAGUUAAUUCAUUUUCUACAGGUUGAUCCACAGCUGGUUGAUGGACACAUAUCCUACUUUCUGGGUACAGUUGGCAUGCCUGGCCUCACAGCCCUAUUGGGUGUCAGAGAGAAGGGUCACGUGACCAAAGGAGCCAAUCAGACCAUGGUGGUCAGUGGAGCUGCAGGGGCUUGUGGAUCCAUAGCUGGGCAGGUAAACACAAGCACGUUGUUACAGUAAACCUGAUCUAGUUAACAUAGUAUGGUCUCUUUGUGAAUAGACAGUGGUUCUCAAUUGUCUUUCCUCGAAUCCUCACAUUCUCUAUACUUGCCCCCUUGUGAAAACACUUUAGAGGUCCAAGGUCCCUCCCCUCUGUCCCUCCCCUGACAUUUUCCCUCCAAUGCGUUUACGAGGAAGAGGUGAGGAGAUGGGACACAAGGAAUCAAAGAGAGAUUAAUUUGAGACUCCCAGGGUUUCUCUGUGUUCCUCCUGCUCCACAGAUUGGCCGUGUGGAUGGUUGUACCAGGGUGGUGGGGAUCUGUGGGUCUGAUGAGAAGUGCAGAGCCCUUGUGGAGGACCUGGGGUUUUCUGCAGCAGUCAACUACCGGCAGGGGGACAUAGCCACAGCACUGAAGGAGAGUUGUCCUAAUGGAGUGGAUGUCUACUUUGACAAUGUGGGAGGGCCCAUAAGCGAUGCUGUAAUAGCACAGGUAAGCAGGUUUUACUGUCUUUAGGCGUCUUUACGCAGACAGGAUAUCAAGAGCUUGGGACUAUAAGGUUCUAUCUGCAUUUUUGUCAAAAUUUAGUUAUUGACAUAGCCUUGUUCUGUUCAAUGUUCUCUACCUACACUACUGGUCAAAAGUUUUAGAACACCUACUCAUUCAAGUGUUUUUCUUCAUUUUUACUAAUUUUCUACAUUGUAGAAUAAUAGUGAAGACAUCAAAACAAUGAAAUAACACAUAUGGAAUCAUGUAGUAACCAAAAAGUGUUAAACAAAUCAAAAUAUAUUUGAGAUUCUUCAAAUAUCCACCCUUUGCCUUGAUGACAGCUUUGCACACUCUUUGCAUUCUCUCAACCAGCUUCACCUGGAAUGCUUUUCCAACAGUCUUGAAGGAGUUCCCACAUAUGCUGAGCACUUGUUGGCUGCUAUUCCUUCACUCUGCGGUCCAACUCAUCCCAAACCAUCUAAAUUUGGUUGAGCUCGGGGGAUUGUGGAGGCCAGGUAAUCUGAUGCAGCACUCCAUCACUGUCCUUCUUGGUAAAAUAGCCCUUUCACAGCCUGGAGGUGUGUUGGGUCAUUGUCCUGUUGAAAAACAAAUGAGAGUCCCACUAAGCCCAAACCAGAUGGGAUGGCGUAUCGCUGCAGAAUGCUGUGGUAGCCAUGCUGGUUAAGUGUGCCUUGAAUUCUAAAUAAAUCACAGACAGUGUGACCAGCAAAGCACCCGCACACCAUAACACCUCCUCCAUGCCUUACGGUGGGAAAUACACAUGCGGAGAUCAUCCGUUCACCCACACCGCGUCUCACAAAGAUACCGCGGUUGGAAACAAAAAUCUCAGAUUUGGACUCCUGACCAAAUGACACAUUUCCACCGGUCUAAUGUCCAUUGCUCGUGUUUCUUGGCCCAAGUCUCUUGUUCUUAUUGGUGUCCUUUAGUAAUGAUUUCUUUACAGCAAUUGACCAUGAAGGCCUGAAUCACACAGUCUUCUCUGAACAGUUGAUGUUGAGAUGUGUCUGUUACUUGAACUCUGUGAUGCAAUUUCUGAGGCUGGUAACUCUAAUGAACUUAUCCUCUGCAGCAGAGGUAACUCUGGGUCUUCCAUUCCUGUGGCAGUCCUCAUGAGAGCCAGUUUCCUCAUAGCGCUUGAUGGUUUUUGCGACUGCACUUGAAGAAACUUUCAAAGUUCUUGAAAUUUUCAGUAUUGACUGACCUUGAUGUCUUAAAGUAAUGAUGGACUGUCGUUUCUCUUUGCUUAUUUGAGUUGUUCUUGCCAUAAUAUGGACUUAAUCUUUUAUCAAGUAGGGCUAUCUUCUGUAUACCCCCCUACCUUGUCACAACAACUGAUUGGCUCAAAUGCAUUAAGAAGGAAAGAAAUUCCACAAAUUAACUUUUAAGAAGGCACACCUGUUAAUUGAAAUGCAUUCCAGGUGACUACCUCAUGAAGCUGGUUGAGAGAAUGCCAAAGUGUGCGACGCAGUCAUCAAGGCAAAGGGUGGCUACUUUGAAGAAUCUCAAAUCUCAAAUAUAUUUUGAUUUGUUUAACAAUUUUUUGGCUCCUACAUGAUUCCAUAUGUGUUAUUUCAUAGUUUUGAUGUAGAAAAUAGUAAAAAUAAAGAAAAACCCUUGAAUGAGUAGGUGUUCUAAAACUUUUGACCGGUAGUGUAUAUAGUACUCUAAAUACCCCAAUUCAUGUUGUUAAGUUCAAAAGAAUACAAGAUUUUAAAAAAUAGCCAUUCAAACCAAUGAGGGUAGGGGAACUUUAAAGACAUUUAUAUCAUAAUCAUAUUUUUGCAGAUAGCACCUUAUAGUCCAAAGCUCUCGAUAUGCCGCUAUAGAGACGACACUUAUGGCAUUUAUGUCGGAUUAGCAAUGUAAAUAUGGCCUUUGUAAGCUAAAGCACAUGGAACUAUUAUUUGGAAGUAUUGUAGGUUGUGUUCUGUUACUUCAGCCACUCUAAAGCCUUGUUCACACUGCAGGCCUUAAUGCUCAAAAUCAGUCUUGUUUUCAAAUCUGUUUUGGAAUAUAGACUGUCCAAACAGCAAGUUACAAGUGACCAAAUCAGAUUUGUGUGUGUUCAGACAGCAGUAAUUUGCUGACAUGGCUACACUAGUUGUCAUAGUAACAACAUAUGUGUGUGCAGUGGUGUAGGCUGAUUGGUGAUGAUGCUCCUGCUUCCUAUCACUCAGAAGUUAUGUAGCAAGCUAAAGUGACAACAAUGCCUGCCAUGGAUGUUUUCCAGUUGCGUUGAAUGUUCAAAAUCAUAGUGUAAGAACACUUUUAAAGCCUCAAAGGAUAAGAUUAUCCAACUUUCUAAACAAGUCCUUUUUGGCUAGCCACAGCAGUCAACUAGCUAGCUAGGUAGCUGCUUAACUUUCUAGCACAUUCACUCAUUUGUUUGUAAACAAUUAACAAGCUAGUUGGCUACCGCAUGUUCUUGUCAAACUGUCAACAGAGUAGCUAGCAAGCAGCAAGAUAUGCCAAAUAACAGUCUAAAAACCACAGGGCAAAUAAAUCAGAUUUGACCAUUCAGACACAAGACGCAUGGCCAGUAAUCAGAUUUGUAUCUGACUUCAAACCACCUACGAAGGUGGUUUGAAAUGUGGCUUGAAAUAUCUGAUCCCAUGUGCUUUUGGGAUGUUCAGACUGCAGGAAAAAGAACAGAUUUGAGUAGGAUAUGCAAAAAAAUUGGAUUUCAGUCACUUCAUACUGCCAAUGUGAGCAAUGCUUAAGGGCUUCUUUACACUACUUUGACGACACAAACUAGGUCCAGGAGAGAUACUUGUGUAGUGUAAAGAGACGGAUCUAGAUUAAAUUAUUUAUUUAAGAGAUGUCUCCCACACUAAUGCUAAAGGUAGUGUAGGACACAUCUACACCACAUACCCCUCUUUGAGUGAUACAGUGUAAAGACAACGGCUCUCUCACACCACACGUUCCUGCAAGAAUUACCUUAAAGACCUUAAUUCCCAACCCUCUCCUCGGCCCCCCCCCGUUUCACUCCCCCCCCUAAAUUGAUACCUGAUUCAAUUAGUCAACUAAUCAUCAAGCCUUUGACUAAUUGAAUCAGGUGUGCCAGUUUAGGGUUAAAACAAAUGUGAAACGUCUUGGGGGGCCGAGGCUGGAGGAAGGAAGAUGGCGGAAGCGGAUGAUGAAGUGGAUACUGAAUACAAUUGGGGCAGAAUCAAGGAGAAUUGGAGUAUUGUUCAAAAGAAUGGAAAACGGAGCAAAGUAGGGUACAGUGAUGAGAAUGAACCUUUGUAUCUAGUAGGAGUACGGUUUGUUAAUGAGGAUCAGCUGAGCAGAGUACCAAUCUUGAAGAAACCAUUUGAGUUAUCCAAACUGGUAGAGAGAGUGCUGGGUAAAGUGAAGGAUGUGAGGAUCACGUGAGGCGGGCUUGUUUAGAUGUUUUGUGAUUCUGCGGAUCAGAAGGAACGUGCGUUGUGUCUUAAUCGAUUUUAUAAGUUUGAAGUGUUGCGUGUGUCUUUUCGGAACAGGGCACCCCUCAAGGGGGUUAUAUCUGGCGUUUCGUGGGAAGUUGAUUUGGAAGAGAUGAAAAAUAUUCCUGGAGUGAUUGAAGCACGUCGGAUGAAUCGUGUGGUGAAUGGGGAAAAAGUGAAGUCUAUCUGUUCUUUUUUGUUUUGAAAUGGAGUCUCUCCCUAAUGAAGUGCAGGUAGGGUAUAUUAAGUUAGAGCAUUUAUCCCAAGACCAAUGCAGUGUGAACAUUGUAAAGCUUUUGGUCAUGUAGAAAGUGUUUGCAGAAGGGAGAAGCCGAGAUGUACAAGAUAUGUAAAAUAUCAAAUUAUGUGUUAUAGAAGUGAAGAAAAUGUGACAUGUAAUUGCGGUGGGAAUCAUGAAGCCACGUCUUCUAAAAUGCCCCACAAGGGUAAAGGAGAAUGAGGUGGCCAAAGUCAGGGUUGUACAGAGCAUUUCAUAUGCAGAAGCUGUGAAAAGGGUUGAGGGUAUGAAUUACAUUUACAUUUAAGUCAUUUAGCAGACGCUCUUAUCCAGAGCGACUUACAGUUAGUGCAUACAUUAUUCUUUUUUUUCUUUUUCAUGAAUGAAUGUUGCACCAGAAGAGUCCAUGGUAGUGGAUAGGCCUUCACUGCAGGGGUUGUCUUAAACCAAGAGGAUCCUGACAUUUUAAAGGUAAAAAAUGUGGCCUUUAUCACAAUGGUGAUAAAUGGCACUGCCAAUGUGGAGAAAAUAUCUAGGAAGAUUUAAAUCAUUGUGAUUGCAGCGGAGCAGUUCCUGGGGCUGAAAGAUUUCACAGCAAAGGAGUUACAUGGAAUAUUAGCAAAAGCCGUAUCAUGCUCAGGUCCUAGAGCCUGAGAAAGGAGAUAUGGAGAACUAAAAGAAGGAAGAAGUGGGAGUUUUGUUUGUUUUGGCAAUGUACUAUUUUUAUUAGGGUGGAUUGUUAGAAUCACUAUUAAGUAUGGAUUUUUAUUUUUGGUUUCAAACUGUCCAGUUGGUGGCGGCAAUACAACUUUUGGAUGUAGUCCGCCAUAAAACCCACAGAAGAAGAUGAUGGGGGGGGGGGGGUAUUUACGGUAUGCUAAUAUCGGCACUCACACAUGAAACAGCAACGUGGCUUUGGCCACACCACAUCCAAGUCUAGUGUAAACAGAAAAGCUGCAAAUCUGAUGUUGAAAAGAGAGAUCUCACUAGACAUAUUUUACUAAUUUAAAUCCACCCUAAUACAGUGAUAUUUUUCCCUCUUAACAUUCUGACUAACACACAUCCCUCCCUUCUUCCAUCUCCAGAUGAACAAUGGUGGUCACGUGAUCCUCUGUGGACAGAUCUCCCAGUACAACAAGGAUGUGCCCUACCCACCGCCCCUCUGUGAUGAGACUCAGGAGGCACUGCAAAGCAAAAACAUCACCAGGUACUCAACUGUCUGACUCACAGAUCACUGAAGGACCAUUUGGAGCUGCAGUAUACUAAAUAUACAAGUCAUUUGUAGAAAGUGUAUUACUAAAUAUUGUAUUAAUCUGUAAACAGUUCAAACACAUGAAAUGUUGAAAUUGGUCCUUCUUAUUAUUGGAAGGUUGUGUUUGAGAUGAAAUGAGCCUGAUUGGCCCAGUCUGUAUCUGUGUUAUAAAGCUCUACUCUACUCUAUUCCAUCAGGGAGCGGUUCAUGGUGCUGAACUACAUGGAGAAACAUGAAGCCGGCAUCAUGCAGCUCAGUCAGUGGGUCAAAGAGGGGCAGAUCAAGGCAAGGCAAAGUCUGUGUGUCUGAGGCCAUCUUGUGUUCUGUAUACCUGGAAGUUCUGAGAUAAGUUAACAUUUUUUAGGGUAGGCCUCUCUCUCAAGCGAGGGGGGAGGUUCUGCGCAUAACAGAACUUCUGCCAACAUGGCGCCGCAUUUGUUUACAAGGUCAUUACUUGGGGGCUUUCAACACCAAACUGAUCUAAUAUCAAAGUCAAUGGCCACUAUCUGAUAUUAUUUUCAGGUUUUUCUGAUUGACUAACGAACAACUGAGUCACGUAAUUGAAGCACGCACAUUGCUAGCUAGCGAGCUGCCCCUUUCAAAUCCGAGUGUGGAAGGCUCCUGCCUCACUCAUCUAACAUAUAGGGUCAAACAUUCCAAACUGUCCUUUACAAAUCAGAAUGUUGACUCGUCCUUAUGUGUGUGGAAAUUUGAGACUAAUUAUCCAAAGGAAAGUGUUAUUAACCCGACUUUCAGAAUGCUGGUCUCUAUAUUCUUCUGUCGUUUUGAAUAUCCGGUUUGUAUUUUCGCAACCGCCGAAACGUUUUGCAACGGAAUCCGACUAAUGAAUACACCUCAGGUGAUGUGCAGUAAGACGCAAGCACUUCCACCUGAUUGACAGGAAAUGUGCUUCGGUCAGCAAUGUUCGAUUACGUUCAGCUAUUGUUUACAUAGUGUGCAUGCAUCAAGAUACAAGCCAAAGAACCAUAUACAGUGGCUUGCGAAAGUAUUCACCCACUUGGCAUUUUCCCUAUUUUGUUGCCUUACAACCUGGAAUUAAAAUGGAUUUUUGGGGGGUUUGUAUCCUUUGAUUUACACAACAUGCCUACCACUUUCAAGAUGCAAAAAUAUUUUUUCUUGUGAAACAAACAAGAAAUAUGUCACGUUCGUUGAAUGACGGGUCAGACCAAGGCGCAGCGUGAUAUGCGUACAUGUUUAUUAAACUAAAUAAACACACGACAAAACAAUAACGAAACGUGAAGUCCAAGGUAGAACACACAACAUACCUUACAAGGAACAAGAUCCCACAACUCAAUAGUGCCCAUAAGCUGCCUAAGUAUGGUCCCCAAUCAGAGACAACGAGCGACAGCUGCCUCUGAUUGGGAACCACACCGGCCAACAUAGAUCCACACAUACUAGAAUAUACAACAUAGAACAUACACAACAAAGAAUAUACACACCUUGACUCAACAUAUAAGAGUCCCCUGAGUCAGGGCGUGACAGUACCCCCCCAAAAGGUGCGGACUCCGACCGCACAACAUAAACCUAACAGGGUAGGGGCCGGGUGGGCAUUCCGCCUCGGAGGCGGAUCCGGCUCGGGGCGUGACGACCUCUCAAUCUCCGCCUCCCUGUUGCGCCCCUGGUCUGGUCUGGACUUUGGCGCGCUGCUUCCCCUCUCCUUCCUCCCACGAUACGCCAGGCCCUGUCUGGACCCUGGUGUGGGAGACCCCGAACCUGGAGAGGGGCUGACGUCAUGGUCUGGACUGGAGCCGCUGACCGACUGGCUUGGUGCGAGGAGCAGGAACAGGCCGGGCCGGGCUGGCGACGCGCACCACUGGCUUGGUGCGAGGAGCAGGAACAGGCCGGGCCGGACUGUGGAGGCGGACUGGAGGUCUAGAGCGGAGAGCUGGCACAACCCGUCCUGGCUGGCUGCCCACUUUCGCACUACACGUGCAGGGUGCUGGCACAGGACGCACUGGGCUGUGCACGCGCACUGGCGAUACAUUUCGUAGAACUGGCGCAGGAUAUGCGGGACCGAGGAGGCGUCCUGGAGACCAGGAGUGUUGAGCCGGCACACCCCGUCCUGGCUAGAUGCCCAUCUUCGCACGCACGUGCGUGGUGCAAGCACAGGAUGUACAGGACUGUGCCGGCGCACUGGCGACACAGUGCUUGCCCAGUCAUAUGCCUCUUCGCGUGAGUAUGGGGAGUUGGCUCUGCUCUAACCCUAGGCUCCGCCAACCACCCUGUGUGCCCCCCCCAAAAAAUGUUAUUGGGGCUGCUUCUCGGGCUUCCUCCUCGACCGGCCUCCUCCGUGUUGCCGUUGGCCAUGGUCCUCUCCCCGCAAAUAUCUCUUCCCAUGACCACAAAUCGGCCACCUGUGACAUGGCCAUUCGCUCCGCCUGGGCACGCUGCUUGGUCCUCGUUUGGUGGGAUCUUCUGUCACGUUCAUUGAAUGACGGGUCAGACCAAGGCGCAGCGUGAUAUACGUGCAUGUUUAUUAAACUAAAUAAACACACGACAAAACAAUAAACGAAGUCCAAGGUAGAACACACAACAUACCUUACAAGGAACAAGAUCCCACAACUCAAUAGUGCCCAUAGGCUGCCUAAGUAUGGUCCCCAAUCAGAGACAACGAGCGACAGCUGCCUCUGAUUGGGAACCACACCGGCCAACAUAGAUCCACACAUACUAGAAUAUACAACAUAGAACAUACACAACAAAGAAUAUACACACCCUGACUCAACAUAUAAGAGUCCCCUGAGUCAGGGCGUGACAAAAUAAGACAAAAAACAGAACUUGAGCGUGCAUAACUAUUCUCCCCCCCAAAGUCAAUACUUUGUAGAGCCACCUUUUGCAGCAAUUACAGCUGCAAGUCUCUUGGGGUAUGUGUCCAUAAGCUUGGCACAUCUAGCCACUGGGAUUUUUGCCCAUUCUUCAAGGCAAAACUGCUCCAGCUCCUUCAAGUUGGAUGGGUUCCGCUGGUGUACAGCAAUCUUUAAUUCAUACCACAGAUUCUCAAUUGGAUUGAGGUCUGGGCUUUGACUAGGCCAUUCCAAUACAUUUAAAUGUUUCCCCUUAAACCAUUCAAGUGUUGCUUUAGCAGUAUGCUUAGGGUCAUUGUCCUGCUGGAAAGUGAACCUCCGUCCCAGUCUCAAAUCUCUGGAAGACUGAAUGAAACAGGUUUCCCUCAAUAAUUUCCCUGUAUUUAGCGCCAUCCAUCAUUCCUUCAAUUCUGACCAGUUUCCCAGUCCCUGCCGGUAAAAAACAUCCCCACAGCAUGAUGCUGCCACCACAAUGAUGGUGUUUCCGGGGUGAUGAGAGGUGUUGGGAUUGCGCCAGACAUAGCGUUUUCCUUGAUGGCCAAAAAGCUCAAUUUUAGUCUCAUCUGACCAGAGUACCUUCUUCCAUAUGUUUGGGAGUCUCCCACAUGCCUUUUGGCGAACACCAAACGUGUUUGCUUAUUUUUUUCUUUAAGCAAUGUCUUUUUUCUGGCCACUCUUCCGUAAAGCCCAACACUGUGGAGUGUAUGGCUUAAGGUGGUCCUAUGGACAGAUACUGCAAUCUCCGCUGUGGAGCUUUGUAGCUCCUUCAGGGUUAUCUUUGGUCUCUUUGUUGCCCCUCUGAUUAAUGCCCUCCUUGCCUGGUUUGUGAGUUUUGGUGGGCGGCCCUCUCUUGGCAGGUUUGUAGUGGUGCCAUAUUCUUUCCAUUUUUUAAUAAUGGAUUUAAUGGUGCUCUAUGGGAUGUUCAAAGUUUUAUAUAUUUUUUAUAACCCAACCCUGAUCUGUACUUCUCCACAACUUUGUCCCUGACCUGUUUGGAGAGCUCCUUGGUCUUCAUGGUGCCACUUGCUUGGUGGUGCCCCUUGCUUAGUGGUGUUGCAGACUCUGGGGCCUUUCAGAACAGGUGUAUAUAUACUGACAUCAUGUGACACUUAGAUUGCACACAGGUGGACUUUAUUUAACUAAUUAUGUGACUUCUGAAGGUAAUUGGUUGCAGCAGAUCUUAUUUAGGGGCUUCAUAGCAAAGGGGGUGAAUACACAACUUUCUGGCUUGAGGCAGCUUUCCAACUUUUUGCAGUGCAUUGUGUCAGACUGUGUAACCAACUAAUUGGUAUCAGUCUGAUUUAUAGGCAAGCUAGUGAGUAGCUCUGGUCCAGGGCCUGGUUCGCUGAGCGCAAAACUCCACUAAGUUCAAUAUACUUUUGUUACUCACCAAAGUAAAAUGUUGUUCGAGUGCUGAAGAACUGUUCUCUGGAUGUAAUUUCUCCAAAAUACAAAAUAAAUGAUUUUUGGGCACUUGGUGAACAAAGCGGCGCCAUGUUGCCGGAUGUUGUUACCCAAAACCUCCCACUCAGUUUGACCCCCUUCGUGCAAGAGAGGCCGAUUUGAGUCAUUUGUUUUGCACUGUAUGAUUUUGUCCCUCCAUUCUUCUUUCAGGUGUUGGAGACAGUAGUAAAUGGCAUUGAGAAUAUGGGAGGUUAGUGUGUGUCGAUGGUAAUUGUGUAGUUUUACUUAAAUGACAGUCUUAAAAUCAAUUUUCCACAAACCUGAGAAUUGAAAUUUUACUUUAUUUUGCAGUGGCCUUUUGCUCCAUGAUGAAAGGAGGAAACAUUGGUAAACAGAUCAUUAAAAUAUCAGAUUGAUUCAAAUCCCUGGUGGCACCAUCUGAAGCUACUGGAAUCACAAGAAGCCUUUUUUAUUACACGCAUUACUUGUUCCUGCCUUUGAUUUCUACACUGACAAGAACUGGAUGGACUGAAUAAAUAUUGUUUGUAGUUACAACACUGUACUGCAUGUUUCUUUACUUGUAACUUUUGUAAAAUACUUAAAACCGAUGAUCCAUGACAAUCUGAUUAUCAACAUGCCAAAUAGCAAAGAAUUCAAGUUUGUGAGAGAUGUUUAAACUGAACAUAGAAAGCGUGGUUCCAUUUUAAUAAACAAUUUAUUUCACAGCACUAUAAACCAUUAAUAAAAUCUAAACUAUCGUUUGUCUUCAUUUCAAUUAUAAAUUUGAAAAUAGGUGUCUGUGGCAAGUGUAAAAUCAUCAAUCUAUUUUACCAUUCGCAAGUGUUACAGCAUAACAGUAUAUCAAACUAGUAAAGUAGUGGUUAUGCUCCACCUAGGUAGCACAGGUGCCAGUUUAUUUCUGCUCUCAUGCAAAGUCCAAGGAGUUGGCAAAAUAUCAGAAACAGACUAGCACCCAGGCUACCUACCUAGCUAGAGGCAACUGAGCCAGUCAGUCGACCCUUCACAUUCUGGUGGUAAAUAAAUACCUGACCGUGAAUUAAAAGUACAGCUCUGGACAAUCACAAGUCAUGAAACCUUCAGAAAAUCUCCACUUCAUCAUCAACAUUGGCAUUGGGUAACUUGGGAGACACUAAUGAACCCUGAAACAUAGAAUAUCACUAAAGUUGGUAUUGGUUCUAUGAAAGAAAACCACAAAACAAGUCCCUGAAUGUGAAGAUCCCAUUCCAAGGGAAAUAAGGUAAAUAGGACAUGGACAUGAUUGUAGAAGAGACCCUUCAACCCUUGGUAGGUCUGCCCUCUAGUGGAUGCCAUGUCACAUAGCUUGUGGGCGGUACUGAGCAGAGUAUCAGUAAAGUUGAUGAGUCAUUUGUCAUUCAACGAACUAAACUGAAAUUCCAAUUUUCUUAAUUCAAUGAGAAAUUGGACCCCAACCCUGAUAUAUUCCAGAUUAGUGCUUGACUUGGGCAGGAGCU